GACCUUUUGCGCAUUACGGUACAGGCAAUGUGCUCGUCCUUUUACGCACAGACUUCCCCACAGUUAAUAAACUCGGAUCCUGGGCCGUGACCUCCUCAUAAGCGCGCACUGUAACGCAGGAAAAGAGUCACCUGCGGUGAAAAGCGGGAUCGCGUGUCAAGCGCAAGAAAAUUUGAAGUCUAAUUGGUCAGAAGGCCCAGUGUCGGAGAAAAGGAUCCGCCUCUGUCUUCAUAACUGGAAUUCCAUCGCAUGCACUCUGACAAUUCAUCUGACAAGCGUCCAUAUGACAGACUUGACAUUAAAACAAAGCGGACUACAACGCAAACUAGGGCAGACGGGCGGGUGCAGCCCCACACGCAGGUGGGAUAUCAGGUGGGGUACUCCUGCUGGACCAGUGCAGGCAAGUUUCAUUUUUGCAUUUUUAACAAUACAUUUUCCAUCGUAUAAGCACAAAAACACAUCACAUUUCGAGCAGUUGACUGUGUCGUUUGAUUAAUCUCUCUGUGGCGCGCAUCAUCAUCUCAACCAAUCAAACCUGCAGCCUGCCCGCGAGGCAGGACAGGCCAUGCAACACACACUGCGCGAUAAACGUCCCCAUUUUCCUGUUAUUCUUACCUACAGGUGUUAUGGUUGUCUACAUGAGCGAUUGAGAGGCUUGUAAAGACGGGCGGGGACGGUGAACGAUCCUGGAGUGACUAAAGAAGGGUUUUCUGUCAAGUAUCUGUUUCAGUGUUUCACUCGGAGGCACAGCUUCAGAGCUGCGUUCAUCUGCACAGGGCUGAGGCUGUACAUGGAGCUCUCCGCGGACUCUGGAUGGAUGAUGUUACCUACGCCGGACUCGGACGUUUCUCACGCUGGCUUGGGGCAGGGCACUGGGUACAUGGAGCCAUCAUUAUUGUCUCUGGAGGACGUGGAUGGAUUCCUGAGUCAUACUGAUUAUCCAGGACAUCCCUAUUUCCACACACAUUCACCUCAUCCUCAAGCACGAACACCUUACAGCCAAGUUCCAGCUCGUUUGCACGGUGGUUCUAUGUGCCACCCUCACUUCCUGCACACGCAAGCUUACCCUUGGCUGGAGAGCAGUAAAUCGAGUCCUUCCGUGGUCCAGCAACCCAUCACCUGGUCACAGAGUGCUUUGGGGGAGCCUGUUGGAGGAACCUCGGUCGGGAUCUCGUCGGUAUAUCCAGGCUCGUGCGCUCAGGGCUCGGCCCCGUUGGCCACGCGCUGUAGCACUCAGUUCUACUACCUGUCCCCUACACCGCCAACUGCCGCGGCUCCGGAGCCGGACGCCACCAUGUACUCGGCAGUUCUUCUCGAUGGGACGAAAAUGCAGACCACAGGUCCUCUCCGGAACUGUACGGCGCAUGAGGCGGCUCCUGUGUGUGCGUUUCCAGCGUUAGCGUUAGCAGGAGCGCGCGAGCACGCCGCCGGUAUGUUCUGCAGGAGCGGGGGAGACUUAACGGAUAAAUCAAAGAGCAAAGGGCGCACUGGUUCGGAAGGACGUGAGUGUGUGAACUGUGGGGCUACCUCCACUCCCUUGUGGCGGCGAGAUGGCACAGGCCAUUAUUUGUGUAACGCAUGUGGACUUUACCACAAGAUGAAUGGCCAGAACCGACCACUCAUCAGACCCAAACGUCGACUGUCAGCAGCCAGGAGAGCAGGUACUUGCUGUGCAAACUGCCACACGAGCACCACCACACUGUGGAGACGUAAUGCCAAUGGAGAGCCUGUUUGCAAUGCUUGUGGGCUCUACUACAAACUGCAUAAUAUGAAUCGCCCGCUCACUAUGAAGAAGGAAGGCAUUCAGACUCGCAACAGAAAAAUGUCCACCAAAUCUAAACGAAGGAGAGGCGAGAGCCCUCAUCAUUUUCACUUUAGCAGAUUCAUGCAGGACAAACCACAUGCCUUUAACCACAUCGCCAAUAUUUCUCACCACGUUAACACGACUCCGCCAGUCGAGUUACAUCCAGCCUUCAGCCACACACACCAUGUUAACUUGGUGACUGCCAUCAGCUGAGCACCAUGUGGAGGUCUUUUUGUGCACUAGUGAAAUCACAGAGACAUUUAUUUAAGUGUUUAAUGAAUAUACAGUUUUAGAGGGAUAUGUUUUUGUACAUUCACACAUUGAAGCUAGCUAACUAAAUGAGGUUGUUGAUUUUUUUUUUUUUUUUUUAAAUUAUCAUUAGCUGACUGUGUAAUAAAGUGCACUUUAUACCAAAACCCAGUGAUAUAUUAUAGGGAGGUUUGUAAGAUCCAAGGGAUUUUCUAUGCAAACACUGCAUUUUGUGGAGGAUUCUUUUAGAAAUCUUCUGAAUUACCCCGUCACAACAUCUGAGUGUUGUAAAAGAGGUACAGAGGAAAACCUGGGGUUUCCAAAGCAUGCAAGUGGUGAACGCUGAAACAGUGGGAUUUUACAAUCCACUAAAACUUUAUGAAUGGACUUUGUGUGUGUGUGUCUGAUAAAACUGUGAAUGUUGAACACUGCAAAAAAAAAAAAAAAACGAAGAAGAAAAAAGUGUUGGGUUGUUUGGUUCCAAAUUCUGCCCAGUUCCACUUCCACCCUUUUUCCUUUAAUGAAUUCCACUCACAAAAAGGGACAGCAAAACCCUUUACUAAAUUUUCUAGAAACAACAUAUUUAGCAGCGUUCCAGGAACUGGAUCUCUCUGUUCCUCUCCCAAUACCUUUAGUGAAGUUGAAGUGUUUGUAUAUUGUAUGCAUUUCAGUAAAUAAAGUGCUAUAUAUCUGAUUAGAGAAAUGUCAAUUACAGUGAUUUUGAUUUAGAAUUUUGGUGAUAUAUAGUAGUGUUAAUUUCAUUCACAAAAACUAUGAAAACUAUAUAAAUGUUCGCCAACGACCUUUUUUCCAUGACUAAGAUGAGAUGAUGACAAGACAACACCAACGUCAGUAAACACUAACUGUGACUAUAUCAACAUGCAAUAUUGUCAACGAAAAAAGAAAAGAAAUAUUAAAAACUUUACCAAAAUCUCUCCAAAAUACUAUAGACUGUUUUUUUUUUCUUAAUUACAAUCCAAAUAUCCAGUUCAUUCAUGGCAUAUCAGCACUAAGCAAGCACAGUGGUACCUGUAAAAGUACCUUUCAAGCUAAUGUUCAUUUUGGCUAGACUGGAUUGAAUG